UUUUGUCAUUUUCGAAAACAUUUCGGCGGCGUCGUUAAUGCACGGUAAAUAAUUUCCGUUUUAAAAUGGUCAAAGGUAGAGUUUAUUGUGUUGACAAUGGAAAAUUAUUUAUGUUUCGUUCUUAACAUCAGCAAUUUAACGCUUAUAACGGGUAUAACUUGAGCAAUUAAACUUGUGUAUAAAAUUUAUGUCUUUGUGUGUAUUUGUGUGCCGUUGCGUAAUAUCGUUAUAUACCAGUCAAAGUUUAAAGACAGAAAGGUGCUAAGUAGAAGCAGCAAGAAAAGAGAAAAAAUACCCAAAAAGUAGGUUAGUCUGGAAAGACGACACAGGCGUUAAAGAAGAGCUUAAUGCGUGUACACACAUACCGACACACACACAGAGAAAUAUCCGCAAAUUGCGGUAAGAAAAUACUAGCCUGACGACCGGCAAGCUUGCGCACAACAGCAGUUCAUCACCGCACAGCAACAACAACAACGCAUACGAACGUAGUAUUUGUAUCCAGAUCCCAAAAACCGCUCCACGUCACUUUGGCUACUGGCGACAGCAGCAAUCUAGCAAUCUGCUUCACAUAACCAACAAACAUUUGGCAUGGCCCUUGAAUGUGGUGAUGCUGAGGUGUGUGCGCCACCUAAAUAUGUAAACAUACCUUGCAUAUACACUACAUACGUAUAUACAUAUGUAUGUUUGUAUAGACAAAGGUACGUAACAUGUCAUACUUGACUAUAAAAGCUUAAGAUGACUGCAGCCAGUGGUUAGUCUGUAAACACGCGUCGCAGCCAAACGUACAAAUCCAUAAUAAAAAUAAACAAAUAAGUGCAUUUUGUAACAGAAAAGUUUUGUGUGAAAGUAGAAAAACAUUCGAAAUUCAAAAUGUUGAAAUUUAUUUUGGUUGCCUGUCUCUUAGUACAAAUCGCCGUUGCGGCUCCCAUUGACCAAGCGGAGGCUGAGGAGAAGGCCGAAUUGGAGCGUAUCCAAAAUGAGAGCGCACAGUACUCUUAUGGCUCAAAUAUCGAGGACAACAUAAACGACGGCGCCAUUCAACGUGAAGAGACACGUGAUGGUACAAAGGUUAAGGGCAUGUACUCGUACCGCGAUGGUUAUGUCAUGCGUACCGUGUACUAUGAAGCCGAUGAGAAUGGUUACCGUGUGGUCAAGGAGGAUACCCAAGAGAUCGGCGAUGGACCACAGUUCGAUGAGAAUGGCGAGGCCACCGUUGAGGGCUCUUUGAUACCCAAAUACUCCAUUCGUUUGGACAAAACCGACAACGAGAAGCACUACAAGGAUGCGCGAACCAAUUAAAUCGACUGCUUAGCAUUUAAUGCAUACGCUUUAUAAGCAUUAUGAGUUAAGAAAACAGACUGAAACAAAAAUUAUGCUAGCAUUGCUUCGCUUGUUGCAUAAAACAACGUGUUUUUUUUUCAUUUUUUUUAUUAAAUACAACUUGAAUUUAAUGUGAUUUCGUCACAGUGAAGUUACAAAUAAAAACGAAAUGAAAAAUUUA